AUGGCGGAGGGGCCCCGGGGCGCCCCGCCGCCGGGCUCGCCCCGCCCCGCCGCUCCGCUGCCCAACGGGCCCCGCGGCGGCGGCGGCGGCGGCAGCCCCGGCUCGGGCUCAGGCAGCAGCAGCCGCGAGGACUCGGCGGAGCGGAGCCCCGCGCCCGCCGCGCCCCGGGCCAGCAUCAUGAAGGAUGGCUCCCGGCAGCGGCCGCCGCACAAGAAGAAGACAGUGUCCUUCAGCUCCAUGCCCAAUGACCGCAAGAUCAACAGCACAGCUGCCUGCAUCUCCCUCAUGCUGGAGGGCUGUGAGCUGAAGAAGGUGCGCUCCAACUCCCGCAUGUACAGCCGCUUCUUCGUGCUGGAUGCCGACAUGCGCUCCGUGCGCUGGGAGCCCUCCAAGAAGGACUCUGAGAAGGCCAAGAUUGAGAUCAAAUCGGUCAAAGAGGUGCGUGUGGGCAAGAAGACGCCUGUCCUGCGCAGCAAUGGCCUCUCUGACCAGUUCCCGGACGAGUGCGCCUUCUCCAUCAUCUAUGGAGACAACUACGAGUCCCUGGACCUGGUGGCCAGCUCAGCAGAUGUGGUGAGUGCCUGGGUGAUGGGGCUGCGCUAUCUGGUGUCCUAUGGAAAGCACAGCCCUGAGGCGCCCGGGACUGGCCACCCCAGCCUGCGGACGUCCUGGAUCUCCUCUGUCUUCGACCUUGCUGACCUGGAGAAGUCUGGCCGCAUCCCUGUGUCCCGGGCUGUGCAGCUGAUCAAAGCGCUCAACCCUGGCAUGAAGACCUCCACCAUCGAGCUGAAGUUCAAGGAGCUGCAGAAGGCCAGUGAGCGUCCUGGCACGGAGGUGGCCUGCGACCUCUUUGUGGAGGCAUACUGCGAGCUCUGCACCCGCCCUGAGAUCUUUUUCCUGCUGGUCCAGUUCUCCAGCAAUAAGGAGUACCUGGGUGUGAAGGACCUGCUGAUGUUCCUGGAGGUAGAGCAGGGCAUGGAGGGGGUGACAGAGGAGAAGUGCUUGGAGAUUGUCAGCAAGUAUGAGCCCUCCAAGGAGGGCCGGGAGAAAGGCUACCUGGCCAUCGACGGCUUCACGCGUUACCUGCUCUCUGCUGACUGCUCCAUCUUUGACCCGCAGCACCGCAAGGUCUGCCAGGACAUGGCGCAGCCCCUCUCCCACUACUACAUCAGCUCUGCCCACAGCGCCUGCCUGCUGGAGGACAACUUCUGGGGCCGCUCAGACAUCAGUGGCUACAUCAGUGCCCUGGGCCUGGGCUGCCGCAGCAUCGAGCUGGUGCUGUGGGACGGCCCUGAGGGCGAGCCCGUGGUCUACACCAGCCCCUCAGCUGCCUCCUGCGUGCCCUUCCGUGCCGUGGUGGGGCUGAUCGACCAGCACGCCUUCACUGCCUCCGCCUACCCCCUCAUCCUCUGCCUGGUGGUGCGCUGCUCGGCCCCCCAGCAGCGGCUGGCUGCCCAGUGCCUGCGCAAGACGCUGGGGGAGAAGCUGUACCUGGAGCCCCCCAACCCCGUGGCGUCCUACCUGCCCUCCCCGGAGGAGCUCAAGGGCCGCAUCCUCAUCAAGGGCAAGAAGCUGCCGCCCACCUGCGAGGACAGCGAGGGGGAGGUGUCGGAUGAGGAGGAAGGCUGGGAGCUGGCGCGGCGACUGGGCCAGGAGGACCGGGAGGCACCGGAGGGAGGUGGGCUGCGGCGGGUGCGCCUCAGCCGGGAGCUCUCAGAGCUGGUGAGCCUCUGCCAGGCAGUCCCCUUCCAGGACUUUGAGAGCUCCAGACGUGGGCAACGCUACUGGGAGAUGUGUUCCUUCAGCGAGGUGGAGGCGGGGCGCUUCGCCAACGAGUGCCCGGCUGAGCUGGUCAGCUACAACAAGCGGUUCCUGUCCCGCAUCUACCCCAGCCCCAUGCGCAUCGACGCCAGCAACAUGAACCCCCAGGAUUUCUGGAAGUGCGGCUGCCAGAUGGUGGCUAUGAACUACCAGACACCGGGGCUCAUGAUGGACCUGAAUGCGGGCUGGUUCCGGCAGAACGGGGCCUGUGGCUACGUGCUCCGCCCGGCCAUCAUGCGGGAGGAGGUCUCCUACUUCAGUGCCAACGCCAAGGACUCCCUGCCCGGGGUGCCUGCCCAGCUCCUGCACCUCAAGGUCAUCAGCGGGCAGAACCUGCCCAAGCCCAAGGGCUCGGGGGCCAAGGGGGAGGUGGUGGAGCCCUAUGUCUGUGCUGAAAUCCACGGCAUUCCGGCCGACUGCGCUGAGCACCGCACCAAGACAGCCCUGCAGAGCGGGGACAACCCCAUCUUCGACGAGAGCCUGGAGUUCCAGAUCAACCUGCCGGAGCUGGCCGUCCUGCGCUUCGUUGUGCUGGAUGAUGACUACAUCGGGGACGAGUUCAUUGCCCAGUACACCAUCCCCUUUGAGUGCCUGCAGCCCGGCUACCGCCACGUCCCCCUCCAGUCGCUGGCCGGGGAGCCCCUGCCCCACGCCACCCUCUUUGUGCACGUGGCCAUCACCGACCGCCGUGGCGGGGGCAAGGGGCACCGCCGGGGGCUGGCGGGGCGCCGGGGCCGCCGGGUGCGCGAGUACACUUCCACCAAGGCCACUGGCAUCAAAGCCAUCGAUGAAGUCUUCCGGACGGCCACCCAGCCGCUGCGGGAGGCCACUGACCUGCGGGAGAAUGUACAGAAUGCGCUGGUGUCCUUCAAGGAGCUGUGUGGGCUGACACCCGCUGCCAACAUGAAGCAGUGCAUCCUGACGGUGUCCACGUGGCUGCUGCACAGUGACAGCGCACCCAGCGUCACCCUCAACCUGGCAGAGCAGUACCCCCCCAUGGAGGCCCAGGGCCCCAUCCCCGACCUGCUGCGCAAGGUCCUCACCGCCUACGAGACGAUGAUCCAGACUAGCCGGACGCUCAUCGAGUCUGCGGAUGCCGUGUAUGGGAAGCUCAUCCAGGCACAGCAGGCAGGGAUGGAUUUCCACAAGGAGCUGCACCGCAUCGAAACCAAGGAAGGGCUGCGGGGCCGCAAGCUGCAGAAGGCGCUGGAGAGCUUCGCCUGGAACAUCACUGUCCUCAAGGGCCAGGCUGACCUGCUCAAGCACGCCAAGGCGGAGGCACUGGACAACCUGUGGCAGAUCCACAAUGCGGGACAGUCCUGCGGCAUCGGCAGGAACGGAUCAGCCUCGCCGGAGCCCUCUCGGCUGCAAGCCCCGCUGGAGCCCAUCCCCGAGACAGAUGGAGGUGGCGACACAGCGUCCUGCUGACCCCGGUCUGGGGCUGGGGCCCGGACUGAGCACCCCUGGCUGCAGGGGCUGGGAGCAGGGAGCCCCAGCCUGCCUGGGGAACGUGUGUGAGGCUGGGUGCCUGUGCUCUGCUGUGUGGAGGGGCUUGCACCAGAAUUCAGUGGAGAGGUUGGGGAGAGAUGUCCCUGCUCCCUCUUGCCCCACCAAGCUACCAGAGGACUCAUCCAUCCCUCCAUCUGCUUCUGGAACCAGUACUCUGCCAAAAGGCCAGUGGGGAUGCUGAUACCCCAGUGUCCAUGUGCAUGUACCCCCAGCCUGCUGUGCCAGAUGCCACUUGGAAAAGCAGCCCCAGGUCUGGGCUCCUGCCUACCCUGCCCUGGGCUGCAGGUUUGGCCUUCACCAGCCCUGGGGAAUAUAUGGCUGGCAGGAAGCAUCCUGGCUGGUCCUGUCACCUCCAUAGCAUCCCUACUGUACAGGGGGACUGGGAGGCUCUCUGGUGCAGCAGAUGUGGGGCCAGGGUGUCCCUGAACAGCAGAUGUGGCUUCUGGCAUCAGGGAAACAUUUGGGUUCAUCCCUCAGGGCAAGGGAGUUCAGCACAAGCAAAGGCUGGAGGUGGUCUGGGGUUGGGCUGGGGCUUUGGAGUGUUAUAAAGAGUGCAAGACCCUC